AUGCAACCCACUUGGUCCUCCCAGGCCAGCAGGAUGAGGGGGUCUAGGAAAACAUUCCUUAAUUUAUUCUGCAUCCUCUGGCUCCCACUUCUGCUGAAGGCUGCCUCUUCCUCCCCUCUGCCCCAUGGAAAUGACUCGCUGCCCCCUGCACUCCCCUCCAGGCUGUACAAAGGACACACCUGUGUAGGGUGUGUGCUUGUGGUCUCUGUAAUUGAACAGCUUGCACAGUGGCACAACAGUACAGUAAAGGCAGCCGUGGAGAGGCUGUGUAACUACAUACCUGAAAAACUGCAAGGUGUCUGCUACGUACUUGCUGAACUUUAUGGACCAUAUAUAGCUGAACUCAUAGACAGGGAAAUGAAUGCCGAUGUGGUCUGCCAUUCCUUGAAGCUGUGUAAACAGGAUCCAGGACAACCACUUUGUCAUCUUUACCCUCCUCCAAAGGUGGGGCUGAGUACUGCAAUAAGGAAGGCAAAAAGGAUUAUGAAGACUGCCAAGGAUCUGAAGAUCUUCAUGGGGUUCCCAAGUGUAUGUUCAUUUCCUCUUCUGACUAACCUGUGUGAGAAGAUUAAAUAUGUCAUAAGAAAUAAACUGCCUUUUGAAGAUUUUGAUGGAGAUAAAUUUAGUACUUUCCCGACAUUGAGGGGCUAUCACUGGCGAGGCAGAGACUGCAAUGACAAAAACACCACCGUGUACCCUGGCAGACGUCCUGUUAACUGGGAUGCAAAAAGUGACUCUAACUGCAAUGGCAUAUGGGGUGUGGAUCCAAAAGAUGGAAUUCCCUAUGAGGAGAAAUUCUGCAAAGGUGCAGACUCACAAGGGGUUGUUCUGUUGGGAGACUCGGCUGGCGCUCACUUCCACAUCCCUCCCGAGUGGAUGACUGUCACACAGAUGUCAGCGAAAUCAUUUGCUAAUCUCCCAAUGGCUUUCACCGAUGAGCUUGACUGGCCCCAGUUCUCAGAGAUCACUGGAUUUUUGAACUCCACCAUCGGAGGCUGGACAGACUCUCUGUAUCUACGUUUACGCAGGAGAAAUCGCUGUAAUCACAGAGACUUGCAGAACAUUUCUCAAAAUGGUGGUUCUUCAGGAAACCUCCUCUAUUUAAUAAAAAGCUUGGCCAGAAAUCAGCUGUUGGACAAUCCAGCCAUAGUUAUCUACGCUACGAUUGGGAAUGAUGUCUGCAAUGGGUACCAGGACACGCUGGCUCACAUGACUACGCCUCAAGAAAUGUUCUUCAACGUGGUGCAAGCUCUGAGGUACCUGGACUCCCGGCUUCCAAAUGGCAGUCACGUGAUUUUAACAGGCUUGGUAGAUGGCCGCUUCCUCUGGGAUAACCUGCAUGACCGAUACCACCCUCUAGGGCAGCUCAACAGGGAUGUCACAUACAGUCAGCUUUAUUCUUUCCUCGACUGCCUCCAGGUGAGCCCCUGCAGUGGCUGGCUGACCCCCAAUGAGACCCUCAGGAACUUGACCUCAGAGAGAGCUUUACAACUUUCCAACGUCCUGAAAGAAAUAGCGAGAUCUGAGAAAUUUGCCAACUUUGAUAUUUUCUAUAUGGAUUUCCCACUGAGACAAACGGCAGAGGAGUGGCGCAAGAUGGGAGGCCAGCCCUGGCAGCUGAUCGAACCCGUUGAUGGCUUCCACCCCAGCCAGAUUGCUGCAGCCCUUGGAACAAGCAUUACCUGGCAGAAGGCUCUACACGAAUGGCCUCAGGUGCUUGGAAAGGAGAAUCCAUUCAAUGACCAGAUUGAAGCUAUAUUCAAAGAUCAAGGUGGACACUGA